AUGUCAGCAGCAGUUCCACCCAAACCUCAGCCCUCAUCCUCACGUUCCCAAGCACUUAUGAAGAAAGUCAAGUUGAACCUGAUUGAUCUUCAGAAUGCUGAGGUCAAGGCCAAAGCAAUUCAUGCUGCCCAAAGCCACUUGUUAGGCAUAUUUCAUUAUCACCUCCAUACCAACCCCUACAACUUCACCUUUGGCUCAAUUAAUACAUGUGCCCUAAACAAGAAAGCAGCAGACUUGAUUGCCAGAGACCUAAUAUGCAAUGGCAUCAAAUCGACAUUGCCUGACUUUAUGAUCUCAAUCCUGAUCAAGAAGUCCUUCAUCCAGCUCCCCACUGACAAUCUCAUCACCACUGCCACUGAUGAUCAAUCGAUCGACCAGCACCCCAUCCUGUGUCUCAUGGAUGAAGGAGCCAAGGCAGGUGCUGUCAUAUCCAUACCAACUCUGCCUAACCUCCGACCUACUCCGCCACCAUUCCGGUCCACCUCUGGUCCAUCCCCUCCCUCACCUCCACCAUACCCUCCAGUAUACCUCUGGUCCACCUCCACCUACGAUCUCUGGUACAAUCUCCAGUACCCCCUAUCCUAA